AUCAUAAGUCAAUCUCAAUUUUUUUCAAUGGUUCGGCAUAUUUUCUCUUGGCUCUGGGCUAUUCCUGCCCUGGCCCAGGUUCAUAGCAUUCAUCCGCAAGGCCACAGUGAGAUCACCUAUAGCUUCAAUGUCCCCGACAAUACUGCUGAGUCAGGCUCGGGCCCCAUAUACUUUCAAAUGAAUUCUACUCGCCAAGUGCAGUGGUUUGCCUUGGGCCAAGGAAUGCAAAUGGCAGGCGCCAAUAUGUUUGUCGUGUACACGUCUGGCAACAAGGUCACCGUUUCUCCGCGGUCGGGUGUUGGGGAAAUUGAACCGUUGUAUAACAAGGACGCCCAGAUCACCAUUCUGAAUGGCAGUGGUGUACACGACGGAGUUAUCACUGCCAAUGUUCGAUGCGAUACCUGCCUGGAAUGGAAUGGGGGAACAGAAAACGUGAACAGCCCCUCAAGUCCGUGGAUUUGGUCCGUUAAAUAUGGAGAGCCCCUGAAUUCGGUCAGUUUAUCUGAGGGUAUCACCCAACAUGAUGAUUACGGUGUCAUGACUGUCGACCUGAAAAAAGCGACGGGCGGCAGUUCAGUGAAUCCCUUCGCCCAAAUAGCCCGAGUGCCCAUCUCUCCCAGUGAAGAUCCGGUAUUUGCAGCCUUGCAACGAACAGUCAAGAGGAAAAAGACAGCCCAUGCUGUGCUCAUGGUUCUGGCUUUUGUGGUCAUGUUCCCUUUCUUCGCGCUCGGACUUCAUCUCUUCCCAUCGAAAUGGACAGUGAACAUUCACGGAACGUUCCAACUCCUCACUCUGACCAUGGUAAUCGCGGGCUUUGGAGUUGGUGUUUCCCUGGCACGGCAGAUUGAUUUGGUCAACUCUUACCAUACCAUCCUAGGGAUGAUCAUCGUACCAAGCCUUAUUCUUUUCCAGCCUGCUAUGGGUGUAUUGCAGCAUCGAUUCUUUCGGAAGACAGGUGGAAAAGGACCUUUCGCCUAUACGCAUCGCUGGUUUGGACGGUUGAUGAUGAUUCUGGGUAUCAUCAAUGUUGGGCUUGGAUUCAAGCUUGCGAAAGCACCGCGUGAGGCGGUCAUUGCAACUAGUAUUGUUGCUGGUGUCAUCGCCAUGAUUUAUAUUGUGACUUACCUGCAUCGUAAAUCGCUACGGGACAAACCCACCGUUCACAUUACCUACGAUGAAGGUAUCCAUAUCAUUCGCCAAUUCCUAUUUUAUGCAUCCAAACACCCAGUCGAAGACUUCCAGGCGUUCACUCGCCAAUGGGUCCCAAGUCCACAUUGGGUGAGAACCGAGACCAUCACAAUCCCGGACGAGUUCUUGCUCUCUGCUGCGGACGCUGUCAAAAAGCAGCUGGGCCCCAAGGGUAUCGUACGGGUAGGAGGAGAGAAAUGGUGGCAAUGGCGCGGGCCAUCCGAAGAGAUGAAGGGGGAGUGGAUUGAGAUGCGGAGCCACUACGCUCAAACGGAGGGGGCCGGUGGGCAUUGUAACCGUGUGAUGCUAUAUAUCCAUGGUGGGGCCUAUUUCUUCGGAAGUGUCGACACGCAUCGGUACAUGAUGCAGCGCCAUGCGCGUAAACUGAAGGGACGUGUAUUUGCACCGGAGUAUCGACUGGCGCCGCAGUUUCCUUUCCCAUGUGGUUUGCAUGACUGCAUGGCGGCUUAUCUCUGGCUGCUCAAGUCCUAUGAACCAAAGGAAAUCAUUCUUGCCGGUGACUCUGCGGGCGGAGGCUUGGCUCUAUCGAUGCUGGUCGUUAUGAGAGACCAGGGUAUUCCCUUACCCGCGGGCGCCAUCUUGAUCUCACCCUGGGUUGAUUUAACACACUCUUUCCCGAGUAUUGUUCAGGACAACCCAGGUGAUUAUAUUCCUGCCUAUGGCUUCCGCCAUAAACCCUCGUCCGCUUGGCCUCCUCCUAAUGCUGAUGAUAUCCUGGAAAUGAAAAGACUGUCGCGCCAACCAAUAGUGACUUCCGAGGAUCUCAAUAAGGCUAUUCCCCAACCGCGCAGCAGUGCUGAAGAGACUGCUAUCCGCGGUUAUACUAUCCAUGAGAACCCUGCAGCCGAAUAUUCCUACCCUGGCGAGCAGCAAGCCCCGGAUCCUGCUAGUUUGGAUGCCGAACCCGAUAAUAUUCACGUUGCCUUGGGCGGGAAAACAGUCGAACUCAAGGACCAAAUCCAGUUUUACACGACGAACCAGCUCAUGUCCCACCCUCUUGUUUCGCCAGUCCUACAACCCUCUCUGGGUGGCCUGCCUCCUCUGCAAAUAUUGAGCGGCGGCGGCGAAACGCUUCGUGACGAGCAAUUCUACAUCGCCCACAAAGCGGCCAAUCCAUCGGCAUACCCACCGAGCGACGUAUAUCUCGAUGAGAAUGAUCCCACCCGGGAGAUUUUGAACAAGUACGAACCAACUUAUGUACAACUUCAGGUCUGGGACGACCUAUGUCAUGUCGCUCCCACUCUGAGCUUUACGCGACCAGCCAAGUACAUGUUCCGUUCCAUUUCCCAGUUCGGCUCUUGGGCCUUGGCGCGUGCACAGCACGGCGAGGUCGAUAUUAUGGAUGAUAGUGCUCUUUCGCCCGUUUCGUCAAAUAGCUCAGAAGAUGAAGAUAUGCCGGGGCCUCAACCUGCAUUGACCAAUCUGCCUAACGCACGUGGGCCUUCCUCUGUCGGUAAGGCCGGAGAUCCUCUUCCAGCGUUCUAUCAAUACAUGAUACGCCAACGAAUUGAUAAACGAGGACAUGUCUUCCCGCUAGACACUCCCUCUUCCUACCCAUCGUUACAAAUCCCCCCUGCCCAAAUCGGGGCAAUCAACCCCGUGCUCAUUCGAAUGUGGCUGGAUGCAAAGAAGGAAUGGGAUAUAAGAUUUUCGAAGGAAAAACUUCGGGUUCAGAGGCGACGCCUGAUAGAGCUGGCGCAUGGCUUCCAAGACUUUGAUGGCGAAUGUCCUCCCCCGAGCUCUUUGGCCGCCCGGCGAGCUGCUCCUGGCGUCCUACCAAAACGACAUGCCAAGAAGAACUACGGCAUGAUGAUGUGGAGCGGCUGGGGAAGCAAGCAUGACGAGCGCAGAAUGGAAAUGGAGAAUCGGAUCGAGCAAUCGGGCAGACGUGCCACCCGUGUCAGCACUGAUAAUGGGCAGGCUGGAGCAUGGUCUAGCACUCCAGCGACGAAUCCCCAAAGCAGAACAGAUAAAGACCUCACCGACAACAAAUCGCAGCCUACGGCAGCCAACCAGGAUAAAAACGAAUGCCUCAGUAACGGCGAUUCUUCUAUUGGACGCAUGUCUACAGAUUCCGAGGCCGCAUCUCGACCCAUCUCACAGAAAAGUGCUGCCCCGAUCCUUAUCUUGCCCGGGGUGAACAAUCACAAAUUCACGGAUGAGAACGCCAGCACGAGGGCUCUCUUUCACGCAACAGGCUCUCUCCCGAUGAAAUCCGAUCUUUCCUUAGCUCACAGCAGGUACCGGUCAUCAUCCGCUGCAGGAUCAGCCGCUGGCCGAAGCGAGAUGUUGUCGGAGACUUCCAGUACCGUUGGCGGCGACAAGGACUCCGUCGCCUAUACAAAAAUGGCAUCCGAUACUGCUAGCACCCAAGCUGUGACUGGCGCGCGGGGUAUUAUUGCCCCCUUGGUUAGCGAGAAUGGCCGUCCUUCCACAGAUACUCUAUCUGUUUUCUCCGCGGCUGGUCGAGACUCCACGUCCCACCGUCCUGAAAUACCGGACAGGGAGGUUUUCAAAACCGCAGAGUAA